UUGUCUUGCGUUUCGGCUAAUCGGCCAAGCAAUCGCCGUACAGCACACAGCCUACAAGCAUCGAAAAAAGGAGCCGAACUGAUAGGGAGCGGCCAAAAAAUGGAUACUGAGCGAGAAGAUCAAGCGAUCCAGGAUCUCGUCGAACACCUCAAAUCCAUUGCACCAUUCAACAAGCGUUGGCAGGUGAUCGAGACGAUCAACCAAGGCACGUACGGUGUGGUGUUUUCCGUACGUGAUGUUGUCACCAAGGUGUACGGCGUGAUCAAGGUGGCGAAGUCGAUGGCCAAUGAAGCAGGCAACGUUUCAGCCGAAUGGGAAGGCUUUAUCCUUGAAACAAUGUUCAAGAGGUCCGAAUCAGCAUCUAUUGUUCGAUUACUGGACAAAGGUAUGCUUGCGGACCAACAUGGCGAAGGCAUGGAAUUUGUUGUGCUGGAAAAGGCGGAAAUACCUGUUAAGGAUUAUGUUUUUGAGGUCGAAGGGACGUACAGAAAAUAUCGAGCUGCAAGGAUUGCACUGCAAAUGCUCAAAGGAAUUUAUGAUCUGCAUUCGCAAGGACUUCUACAUCGCGAUCUGAAACCGGAUAAUAUGGGUUUGUGCUCCAGGGAACAGCCAGUUGCACUGCUGUUUGAUCUUGGCAUGGCACGCAUGUACACUGACGGCGAAAGUGAUGUUCGACCGCCACGCACGUGCUGUCCAUUCCGUGGCACACCGGAAUGGGCAAGUGGGCAUGCGCAAAAGGGGCGCGAGCAAACACGCUACGACGAUCUGAUAGCCUGGCUUUACGUUACAUGUGAACUGUUUGCCAACGAACGUGAGCCCACGCAGCCGCUGCCCUGGACUUAUAGGAACAACACGAGGGCACACAAGUACCUGAAAUCAGUCUUUUGUCCGGCGCGGUAUCUUCUCAGAACGGUGCCACAGCAAUACUUCGCAAUAAACGCGUAUCUCCAAACAGGUACCAGACAAUUUUCUGGCACAAUUUUAUCGAAUACGCAAAAGCCGCCGGAUUAUCAUUUCUUGGCCGAAAAAGCUUAUGAAGCAGUGAAAGAACUGGAAGUGGAGGUGAAAAAACUGCCGCCGCUACCGGAACCAAAGGGCGCUCCACAGUCGCCGGUACAUGAGCCGAAGAAGGCGAAAAAAUCGCGAAGUAAAAGCAAAAAAAGAUCGAAAUCGGAGGGCAAAAAGUCGGUUGGCAAAAAGCCGGCAGACGACAAAGACAAGAAGGCUGUGAAGAAUGAAGAUGAAAAAAAGGGAGAGAAGGAUGUUAAAAAAUAA